CCUCCUUCUUCAUACACCACCACAAUGAGCGCCGACGACAACACCCAAGAAACGCCUCAGCGUACGGCAAUUGGCAUCUCAUUCGGCAACUCGUACUCCAGCUUCGCCUACGAUGGAUUAGUCCUCGCCAACGAAGAGGGAGACCGACAAAUCCCCACGAUCCUCUCCUAUGUCAGCGGCGAAGAGUUCCAAGGCACACAAGCAAAAGCACAAAUCGUCCGCAACCCACGCAACACCGUCGCCUCGUUCCGCGACUUUUUGGGAAAGUCCUUCUCCGAAAUCGAUCCCACUCCAUGCCACUCCAGCGCCCACCCGAUCGAACACAACGGCGGAAAGAGCGUGGCAUUCAGCGUGCAGGAGAAUGUGGACGAGGAUGGCAAUGCCAAGGGAGAGAGGAGCACAAUCACUGUGGAUGAGAUUACAACUCGCCAUCUGCGCAAGUUGAAGCAGUCGGCGGCGGACUACCUUGGAAAGGAUGUUACGGCUGCGGUCAUUACAGUUCCCUCUGACUUCACGGAUGUACAAAAGGAGGCUCUCACCGCUGAUGCGGCUGCGGCUGGGAUUGAAGUGUUGCAGUACAUCUCCGAGCCGGUGUCUGCUCUUCUCGCACACGACGCCAAGGUGCAGCAAAACGGAGAGGACAAGCCAUCUCAACAGGACAAGACUGUGAUUGUCGCGGAUCUCGGUGGCAACCGCUCGGAUGUGGCAGUCAUUGCCAGCCGCGCCGGUCUGUACACUACCCUGGCCACCGUCCACGACUAUGAGCUUGGUGGUGCCAGCUUGGACAAGGUUCUCGUGGAGUACGCCGCAAAGGAGUUCCUCAAGAAGAACAAGUCUGCCAAGGACCCGCGUGAGAAUGAAAAGAGUCUGUCCAAGCUCACUCUCGAGGCGGAGGCUGUCAAGAAGUCCCUCUCCAUCGGUGCAUCGGCCAACUUUUCGAUUGAAUCCCUCUCUGACGGCAUCGACUUUCAACUCAGCGUCAACCGCACUCGCUUUGAGCUUCUCGCCAGCAAAGUCUUCGCAUCCAUCACACGUCUUGUCGAGAGCGCCGUCGCGAAAGCCGGUCUCGACCUCCUCGACAUUGAUGAAAUUCUCCUCUCCGGCGGAUCCUCUCACACUCCCAAGAUCGCCUCCAACAUUGCUUCCCACUUCCCUGAAUCCACCACGAUCAUCGCACCGAGCACAUCCCCAUCCGCCAUCAAUCCCAGCGAACUCACCUCCCGCGGCGCCUCCAUCCAAGCACUGCUCAUCGCUGGCUUCGAGAAGUCCGACAUCGCCGAAAACACCGAAGCCAUCGUCACCGCCGCUCCUCACAUCCCUCACGCCAUCGGGCUCGUCACGGGCGACAACUCUUUCGCCGUCAUCGUCGCCGCUGAGACUCCUGUCCCAGUACGGAGGACCGCUCAAAUCAGCGUUGCAAACGGCGGCGAUGUCCUCCUCAAAUUGGCAGAAGGUGUUCGCGAGAUCAAGGUCACGAAAGAGGAGAAGCCGGCUACGAAUGGGAACAAGGAUGAUGAGGAUGAGGAUGAUAGCGAUGAUAGCGAUGACGAGCCGGAGGAGAUCCGCUCAAAGGUGUGGAAGGCGGGCAAGUCGCUCGCGGAGGUGGGUAUCAAGGGUGUGAAGAAGGGUGGCAAGGUGGAGAUUCAGGUGAAUGUGAAUGCGGAUUUGAGUCUGACUGUGGUGGCGAGAGAGGUUGGUGGGAAGGGUGGUGUGAGGGGGACUGUCGAGGCUGCUGCGUAG